ACGCGGCUUAUGGAACUAACCAAAAUUUCAGAACAAUGUAUACUUUUACAACCGACCUCGUCAUUACUGUUUAUUACUCCAAAACCGCAGCCCCUUAUAGAACACCCUGGCGAGCAGACCAUUACCCGUAACCAUUAAGAUUAAGGGUAAUGUUUAUUUUCAUUUUUCAAGCGUUCGGGUUUUUCCAUAUACCUCCUUGAACUAUUCGUCAUUUUCCGUUAUCUAGAUCAGAUAAAAAAGCGCCCAAUUUUGAUAGCGUCCGUCGAUUCGUAGGCAAGUCGUAUUUUUUCUUAACGGAUGUGACAACGCCGCCCGCUGACAUUUCAUCCACCGUCGACGCCGUCCGACGAUGCAGCAGUGCGUCACGUUCCGCGGGCGACGCAACUUCUUUCGCAAUUUCUCCGAUGCCACACUCCCACGUGAUUGCGAGAUUCGCCUUCUCGAUAAUACAGGAGUGUAUCGUUUUAUUUCGAUGCGCGACAAUUAUCGGCAAUUAGUGUGUUUUUUUUUUUUGUUACGAUCGCUUUUUGUUUUGCCGUUUUACGGCGUCGCGAUCUGAAACGGAACACGCGAAGCCCAGAUAUUUUUAAAGGAAAAUCGGGAUCGCACGUUUUUUCCUGAAUGACGCGUCGCUGACCGAGCCCCUCGACUACACCAUGGACUCGUUGCUGUUGAACAGACAGCGCGACAGAUCCGCAUCGCCCGGUUACGCCCCGUCCGGUUCCUCGUGUCCGGAACCGCUUUCGAGCGAGGACGAGUGUUUCCCCAGGUCGUCCGGUCUAGGCGUGCGCAGUUCCACUCAAAUGUCGGUCAGCAGCGAGCCAGCGGCUCGCGGAUCCAGGGAAGCGAACGCCGACGCCGUAUAUCGCGGCGCUUGGCCCGCCAUCGAGAGACCGCCCACCCUCUGGAACUCCGAACCCGCUAGUUUGGGCGGUGCCGUCGCCUCCGCCGCCGCCGCCGCCCGCCAAAGUCACCCGGUCGCCACGGACGCUUCGAGCGUGAUGAGUUUCGCUUCCAGUUCGGGAGGGGUCCCGUUGGAUCGCGUGUUAGGCAGUCCGCCGUCGAAAUGGUCAUCGCAACAGCUCGAGGCCAAAAUGGACGUCGUGCAUGGCUUGCUCGCUAUGCUGGGCAGCCAAGAGCACGUCGAUAUGGGCGAGACCUUACUGGCGUUGAGCGCAUGCCCGGAGAGUUGCCUGGCGAUGCGGCAGUCAGGUUGCAUCCCGCUCCUCGUGCAGCUGGUGCAGUCGGACAAGGACGAAGACACGCGGAAGAAGGCGGCCCAGGCGCUCCACAAUUUGGUCAAUUCGCAGCCGGACGAGAAGAUCCGCAAACGGGAGUCGCGGAUCCUGAAGCUGCUGGAACACGCGCGCGCCUACGUCGAAGCGCUGAACGCGAACGUCAAGUUCGAAUCGUGCUCUUGGAGCGCUUCGUCUUCCGACGACGGCGACAGGCAUCCCGUACAGACGGUCGCUCAUCUGAUGAAGCUGUCGUUCGACGAGGGUCACCGUCAGGCGAUAUGCCAAUUGGGCGGCAUCCAUUCGAUCGCCACGCUGAUCGAGGCCGAGCACGCCGCCCACGGCAGCGUCUCCGUCGAGCACCACUGCGUCCUGAUGCGGCGUUACGCGUGCAUGGCCCUUACCAACCUGACGUUCGGCGACAGCGGGAACAAAGCGUUGCUAUGCUCGUUUCGGGACUUUAUGCGCGCCCUCGUCGUCCAAUUAAUGAGUCCGAGCGACGAACUCAGACAGGUGACGGCGAGCGUGUUGCGCAAUUUGUCCUGGCGCGCCGACGCCACCAGCAAAGAGAUCCUGCGCGAAGUCGGCAGCGUCUCCGGCCUGAUGAAGGCCGCGAUGCUCGACAACAAAGAGAAUACGCUGAAAUCGAUCCUGUCCGCGUUGUGGAACCUGUCCGCUCACUGUACCGAGAACAAGUCGGAAAUAUGCGCGGUAGAUGGCGCCCUCGGCUUCCUCGUCACGAUGCUGACGUACAAGACGCCGUCGAAGAGUCUCGCGGUCGUCGAGAACGCGGGCGGCAUCCUGCGCAACGUGUCGAGUCAGAUCGCGGUACGAGACGAUCACCGCGAGACGCUGCGCGCGCACGGCUGCCUCCGCGUCCUCCUCGAUCAGCUGAAAUCGCCGAGUUUGACGAUCGUGAGCAACGCGUGCGGCACACUGUGGAACCUGUCGGCCAAGUGCUCGCAGGAUCAGGAAGCGCUGUGGGAGAUGGGCGCUCCCGCGAUGCUGCGCAGCCUCAAUCACUCCAAACACAAGAUGAUCGCGAUGGGUUCGAGCGCCGCCCUGAAGAACUUGCUGACGUGCAGGCCGCAGCAGACGAUUCCCACGCGAGCGGAUUCGACCGCCCUCGCGCUUAACCUGCCCGAGUUGCCGACUUUGGGCGCGCGCAAGCAGAAAGCUCUGCUCCAAGACCUCGACCACACGUUGAGCGAGACGUACGACAACCUGGACAAGGAGUCGCCGGUGGCCGUGGCGCCGAGGGUUCACCGCGCCUACGCGAAGACGAGCCGAGGCAGCCCCCUUUUUGCCCCGAUGUGCGCCGUGCCGCCGCGUCGCGACGACGACGACGACGACGACGACGCCGGCAACGAUCAACCCAUAGACUACAGCAGGAAGGAAAACAACGACAUGGCGUACGCGGAAACGGACCUCGACCAACCGACCGACUACUCGCUGCGUUACGCCGAAGACGAUUCCGAUUCCGACCUGUGCUGCGCGAAAAUCGCGAAGCAGGAAUACGUUCAGGACACGGUGAAGACGUACUGCACCGAGGGAACGCCCUACGAGACCCCAUACGUCGUUUCGAACGCUACCUCGAUGUCGGACCUUCGAACCGUCGGCGAGAAACCCAGGCCGGCGAUCGAUAACGACGACGUAGACAAAGACAACGGGCCAAAGGUGAAGGAAGGCGGGCGGGGCGGCGUCGACGAGAAGGACCGAUGCUCGACGGAGGACAUUUCCGAGAUGCACGGCUCCGGUCUGAUGUCGCCCGAUAAGCCUGUCAACUAUUGCGAGGAGGGCACGCCCGGUUAUUUUUCCCGCGUGAGCAGUUUCGGUUCGCUGAACUCGAUCCCGGUGAAGAAAGAGGAAGAGGAGGAGGAGGAGGAGGAACCGUCUAAAAAAGUGGCGAAGGCGCCGGAAUCGAAAGCCGUCAAGUUCGACGCCGCGGUCGGCUACGCCGAAGAGACGCCGCUGAUGUUUUCGAGGUCGAGCUCGCUCGCGUCACUGGACAGUAUCGAACAGCAUUCGAUUCACGACGAUCGCAGCUCGGUCGUGUCGGAUUUUAGUCGAUUGACGAGCGGCGUCGUCUCGCCGAGCGAGUUGCCCGACUCGCCUACGCAGAUGGUACCGCCCAGUCCGAAGGCGUCGACUUCGAAGCCGUCGCGGCGUAUCCAGCGCUCGGAUAAGACGAGCGUGUUCGAGGACCGAACCACCGGGUUUAAGGAGGAGAGCAUGCCGGCGCAGUUCUCUACGGCGACGAGCCUCAGCAGUCUGACGAUCGACGAUCAUCGCGAGGUCGAGACGAAAACGCUGGAGGCGGCGCCCGAGGUUAAGGUUGACGAUGUGGCGGACGACGGGAAGGGGCAGGAGAAGAAGGACGAGGAGAAGGAGACGAGCGGAUCGGACUCGGCCGACGACGAAGAUAUCCUGGCCGCGUGCAUAAACGACGGCAUACAGACCAGCGUGCAAAAUCCUACGGCGUGUUCGACGCCGAGCAAACAGUCGAGCGAUAUACCGACGCUGAGGGGCGGGACUUCCCGGAUGACGGCGGCAGAAGAGUCUCCGAGGACGUACUGCACGGAGGACACGCCCGCCCACGCGAGCAGGACCGGUUCGAAUUCGAAUCUGAGCGCGCUGAGCGCCGACGUCAAAGGGGGCGGUAACGUGUCGGACGAUUCGAGCAAUUUGUCGGGCGACAACGACAACAACAUUUUGGCUGAGUGCAUACUGUCCGCCAUGCCCAAGUCGAGGAAAGACACGCGCGAAGGGCCGGCUUCGCUGCCCCCGCAACACGUCCCUGCGACGGCGAACAACGGCCCGACCGGACGCACGCCCAUGCAGCCGAUCAGAUUAAUGAACGUCGUCGCCCCGCGCAAAACCGAAACCCCGAAAGUGCAACGGCGAAGUCGCGAUAAUUCCCUGCCGCCGUAUUUGAUCGGCGGCGGAACGGACGAGGUGGAAAAUUACGCGGUGGAAAACAGUCCUUGUCAGUUUUCCUUGCGGAGCAGUCUCAGCGACCUGACCGUCGACGAGAGCGUCGCGGGCGUCAAAACGUCGGCCCCGACGGGGAGCCGGCAGGCGGACGAGUCCAGUGGCGUCGGGAACGAAAAUCGGAUAGUUGCUUUGCAGUCGGCGGACCAGAAAGUCGAAGAUAAGCACAACGUUUCUCGGGAGAGCAACCCGAACCCAUUGGACAGGAAAGAGUCGCUUUCCUCCCUCAGUCUGGACUCGAUGGGAUCGAUAGAGGGAGAACAGGCCCUGCUCGAGCAAUGCAUCUACUCCGGCAUGCCGACCGACAAAGCCGAAGAGGCCCUACUCAAGGAAGUCAUCUCGGCGGGGAUGCCCAAUAGCGGCGUCGACAAGCCGACCGAGACCGUUCCGAAGCCUCAGCCGAGGGAGCGGCGUCCCAACGAGAGACCGUCGUCGUCGUCGAUGGAGUCCAGGUCAAAAAACGGGAAUGUUGCGUCUGUUGCCGGGAACAUCAAGUCGGUGGAGGAGGGGGAGGCAACGCGGCUUCCACCUCCGCCGACAAACGAACCUUGUCCCGAACCGUCGAUCGCGGCGGCAGGCGUAGAAAACGGUCCCGAACGCGAUUCGAGCGGAACCGAGAACUGUUGGUUCUCAGAUCGAGCGGCGGAAACGGAACCCGUGAUGCGGGAGGCGGUGGAGGGGAGCGCGAGCAGACGAGGGGGCGGAGCGUCGUCGGUCACAGGUACAUCACCGGACAGAUUAUCGCCUUCAGGAGGGAUCUGCUUAACAGAUCGAACGAGGAGUGGAUCUAAGGAGGACGCGCUCCUGGUCGCCAGCUGCGUCGACGGGCGUUUCGCGAAGAGCUGCGAGGAGUCCGGCAACCUGGUGGACGUGCGCAUGCUCGAUCCCGACGCGAUGAUCGAGUCGCUGGAUCGUUUCACGGCCGAGCUCGUCUCCCAAGCGAGCCACCUGACCAAAGACAAGACGUCGACCAACGAGAGCAGCAGCACGUGGAACGACGACAGCACCUCCCCCACGAACGAGGCCACUUUCCCCAGUAUAUCGGGCAGCGCGCCCAACGUCGUCACCUUCGAAAGCGACAAGGACGACGCACCGGAGGAACGCCCGUCGAACGACUUCUCCACCACAUCGACGAUGACCGAGUCCACGUUGAUAGCGAUGGAGGCGACCAGAAUCGCGACAGUCUUCAAGCGCGAGGCGGAAAUGUCACAGAGCGCGGCGUCUCUCGAAUUGGACAUGGUGAGACCUCCGUCGCAGUUGAACUCGCUGACGACGAUGGCACCGCCUAGUCCGAAGCUCGGCACCACCAGGAAGCCGUUAUCGUCGGACGUGCUCGUCAAACGCGCUCUUAAUCACCGCGCGGAUAGCUUCGACGGCGUGACAGAGGAGGUGGACGAGAAACCGAAUCCGAUAUUCGACGUGAAACAAAAGUACAUGGUCGAUUUGGAGUCGACCAAUCCGCCGUCGAUAUUCAGCGAGAUAACGGACAUGUGCGACUCGUUGGCCGACGUGGCGACCGAGACGAUCGGCGCGGACAGCGACAUCUACGAGGACUGCGGGUGGGCGGAGUCGAGCGCGCGCGACGACGAUUUUUCGGACGCCAACAGCGCGACGCCCCACGGUUCUCCGGUUAUACGGUUGGCGUCGAUACAGACGGACGCCAGUAGCGCCGAGUCGACGCCCGAGAGGAGCCAAUCGGCGUCGACGAAACGACGACGUAGCGUCGCCCGAGAUCGUUACAAAACGUACACCGUCUCGGCCGCCGAGGUUGUAUCUAGCGAAGUGGGAGGAGUCGAGCCGGAAGAGGCGUCCCCAUCUAGCGUCGGUUCGCCGAAACUGACGCCGAAAGAGCGCAGAAAACUCGACCCGGCCAGGUACGACACGCAGGUGAUCGAGACCGUCGUCGAGACCUCCCCCAGGUCGAAGCUGAGCAUAAGGCGGAGCUUUAUGCAGAAACGGCUCGCGAAUCGGGAUCGUUUCAGGACGCGAACACUGAGCGAGUCGAAUUUCUCACCGGACACGGCGUCGUCCGACUUGCACUUUUUCAUUCGCACGGAAGCGGACUUGGUGGUGAAGACGCUGCGGGACGCGGCACGUGACGACUUGCUCGAGUGCGAGACCCUCAGUCUGGUGUCGAACGACGAGGAUUCCGAACACAAUUCGGGUGGUUCUACGGCGUGUAGAACGUACCACAAGAGUUGGGACCCGCCCGUGUCGACACCGGAAGCCGAAGGGGUGGAGCAAAGGGAGUCGGCGCCGGCGAAACCGAAAAUCGUCAAGCCGGAGCUGGAGGAGAGACGGGAAGAACCGGAAGAGGCGCCGAAAACGGUCCGGGGACGUAGGAAGCCGCUGUACUCUCCGCGAACCGUGACCAAGGCACCGGCGUCGUCGUCGUCGAGGUCCGCCCCGAAGCCGCCCGCCAAAAGUAGUCCGAAACACGUGCUGGCGCCGCUCGAGCGUCAAGGCACGUUCACCAAAGACGAGACGCCGCCGCAAGCCGCCAGGGGGGCGGGGCAGCAGCGGUCCAAGAUACCGGCGUUCGCGAGUAAAAUCGCCCGAGCGGUCACCACCAGGAUACCUGCGGCGGUGACGACGACGCCCAGUCCUCCGUCCGUCCUCAGGAACGGCGGCGCGAAAUCUGCGAGCACCGACCGGACGAAUGUCAAUAGAAAUUGGAGAAUGUACAAUAGAUCUACCAGCGCGGACAGCAGAGAACGUCCGGCCACCUCUGGCCGCAUCCAAGCUUCUUCUUCGACGCAGAGCUUACGAAACGAGUCCAAGUACCAAAACGGUAACGCAAAGAAAUCGUGCAUACCGAGUCCGACUCAACGGUCGGCGAGCAGCGCGAGCCUAGCCACGCCCACUACGAGCACGAAAAAGCAAGUGACGAGCAAGAUCGCGAGUCUAUGGAAGCGGGUCGAGGAGAGUAAAACGAAACAGCAGCAGGUCGCGAAAGACACGCGGGUGUGGAUCCAGAACGGGGCGCCACCCAAGUUGGUCCGCGGCGACACGUUCGAGAAUAAAGAGGGGGUGGUGUUAAGGAAAAAGGCGUCGGGUGACGUCGGCGACGAGACCAAGCGGGUUUCGAGGUUAGGCUCGUUUAUCGUGGUGAACGAGGACGGGGAGGGCGUGUCGACCACGCCCAACGGGUGCACCGUGAACGCAGUUUGAGGCUAGCGGGGCGGUUUUUUUUAAGGUUAUGUCAUAAAGGUGUUGUGGUUGCUGGCGUGCGGAUGUCCUUGUCACGCGUCGAAACGAAAAUGCAGUUGUUUGAGUUAAAAGUCGCUCGCGUUUAAUUACAAACAUUGCAUCUUUCUGUAUGGGGGGAGAGGGUGUUUUUUAAGCCAUGUUUUUUUCUCUAGUCUUCGUUUUAAGGUUCGUUUAGGCUUAGUGUUUUUUUUUCGUUGUUGUACUAUAUAUAUACCGCGUCGUGAGAGUGACAGACUGUAUAUAAUCUGGCCGCGUAGUUUCGUAACAUUUGUAUGAGAAUUGGGACUUUUAUAAUUUUUGUUUUUUUUGUAUUUCGUAUCCGCCCUCAGGGCGGGGUUUUUCUUGUGACCCUCUAGUUUGGUUUCUUCUUUACGUUGGAAAAUAAAAAGUGUCUCGCUU